AUGGCAAUUUGCAGCUCUCACUUCGCAGUGAUGGGUAAUUGGUUAGAUAAAAUACUCGAACUUGGUUACGAGAUGUAUAGAAUAGAAGCCAUUAGGCAGGCAAAGCCAGAAGCGGCUGCUCGUGUUGCUCUUCCUUUUAUACUCUGUCCAUUGGAUAAGGUUUAG